AUGCCAUCGCUCGUAUCCAUCUACAAAAGCCUUCACGCCGAUCCCCACCUCUCGGCCGCGGCUCGGGUCGAAGACAAGGAUAAAAUUCAGGAUGGCAUCCUUCAGCGGGCCAAUGGUCCGAUGCUUGCCGUGCUCUCGCGCGUGCGAAUUGAUCCCAAUGAAGUCGACGAAAGAACGGCAGAAAUGACGCAUGUAAUCAUUUAUAUUGCGUCUAGCGCUGCUAUCCAUUUACCUCACCACGUCAAAUAUGACUUCUUCCUCAUGCACCACGUGAACUCUGCUCUCUUUUAUCUCGCUAUCAACAAAGAGCCGUGGACCAAACAAUCAGAUAAAGCACGCAUGCUUGAAUGGAAGAUUAGAAUGGAUCUUCUUCAGUAUGUCGCUCGUGGCUGUCCAGGCAUAUCACUCGACGCGAUUGCAACUUAUGUUCCCAAGACGGGAGACUCAAGCAACACUACUGUCCGAGACAUCGGCAAGAGGCUACACGACUUCGGCGAUGACGGACACGCGAUAAAAGGAUCCAGCACAUGGUUGUCGAUGCCGUCGAAGGUCCAGGAGUAUUAUACGUGCGAGGUGCCGGGUUUCAAGAAGUGUGGGAGGACGUUCCGCUUCAGUCCGCUCCAAGACGAAGUCCAGCUGAGUUACGUGCUCUCCAGACUGGGAGUGGUAGUUUGGAAGAAGCUUUGA